AUGGCUCCCAAGAACAAGGGCAAAGGCAAGGCCAGUGGAAAGGGUGAUACGAAUGAUGACACAGCCUCGUCCAAGCUGAAGUCGGCUAAUUCCAUCAACGUUCGGCACAUAUUGUGUGAAAAGCACUCUAGGAAGGAGGAAGCUCUAGCAAAGCUUCGAGAAGGUGUCAAGUUUGAUGAAGUGGCACGAGAGUUUUCGGAAGACAAAGCGAGGCAAGGGGGCUCGCUCGGCUGGAAGACGAGGGGAAGUCUCCACGGUGAUUUCGAAAAGGUUGCGUACGAGCUUGAACCCAGUUCAACGAGUAGUCCCAAAUAUGCAGAGGUCAAAACAGGCUUUGGAUAUCAUAUCGUCAUGGUCGAAGGCAGAAAAUGA